AUGGAUCUGCAGCAGCCAUCAGCAGUCAUGAUCGACCUGGGCAAAUUGCCCUCCACUGACGGCAAUGGUCAGGAGCCUGAUCACGGAACCCACAACAAGCUGAAAGACGCAGAAAUGCUGAAGCUCCUUGAAGAAAUGUUCAACAAGGACAAUGCCUUGGUGCAGAAGUGGGGUACCCAGUUCAUGUUCGUCGGCAGUCUCCCUCGCGGCUACACAUUCUGGGAGCACAUGACAACCAGCCAGAAGGUCCCUCCCAAGCCUUCCAAGCCAAUCAAGGAGACAUAUGGUCACCCUCACAUCCCCAGACUGCGCUCCGGCCCCGAGCUUUUCAGACAUGUUCUCGAAAUCAUGGAUGCCAACGAAUUCGCCAUUCGCAACCUGAUCUCGCAUGACCAGCCGAUCAACCCUACCAACAACGCUCGCAUCUCCAUCAUCACUGCCAACACUGCAGUCGUUUGCAACUGCCCUCGUUGA